CAAAAGAAAGCAGUUAUGGAAUCUGAGUCCCAGAGUGAAGAUCUACGGAAUUUGAAUUUGUCUGGCCAUGUUGGCUUUGAUAGUCUUCCGGAUCAGCUGGUUAAUAAGUCCACAACCCAGGGCUUCUGCUUUAACAUUCUUUGUGUGGGAGAAACUGGCGUUGGCAAAUCCACUUUAAUGGACACAUUAUUCAACACCAAGUUUGAAGGUGACCCAGCCACGCACAAUGAACCCGGUGUUCGAUUAAAAGCACGAAGCUAUGAACUUCAGGAGAGUAAUGUACGAUUAAAGCUGACCAUUGUUGAUACUGUUGGGUUUGGCGAUCAGAUUAACAAAGAUGAAAGUUACAAACCAAUUGUUGAAUACAUUGAUGCCCAAUUUGAAGCAUAUCUGCAAGAAGAGCUGAAGAUAAAACGUUCUCUGUUUAAUUAUCAUGACACACGGAUCCAUGCUUGUCUGUAUUUCAUAGCACCUACUGGACAUUCUCUAAAGUCUCUUGACCUUGUCACAAUGAAAAAACUUGACAGCAAGGUCAAUAUUAUCCCAAUCAUUGCCAAAGCAGACACCAUUGCCAAAAAUGAACUACAUAAGUUCAAGAGUAAAAUCAUGAGUGAACUGGUCAGCAAUGGUGUUCAAAUCUAUCAGUUUCCAACGGAUGAGGAGACUGUUGCAGAGAUCAAUGCCACCAUGAGUGUUCAUCUUCCUUUUGCUGUGGUGGGAAGCACUGAAGAAGUUAAAAUUGGAAAUAAAAUGGCUAAAGCUAGGCAGUAUCCCUGGGGUAUCGUGCAAGUGGAGAAUGAAAAUCACUGUGAUUUUGUGAAAUUGAGAGAGAUGCUGAUCAGAGUUAAUAUGGAAGAUCUGCGUGAACAAACCCAUUCUCGGCACUAUGAACUAUACCGACGCUGCAAAUUGGAGGAGAUGGGCUUCAAGGACACUGAUCCAGACAGUAAACCUUUCAGUCUGCAGGAGACAUAUGAAGCCAAGAGGAAUGAAUUCUUGGGUGAGCUCCAAAAGAAAGAAGAGGAGAUGAGGCAGAUGUUUGUAAUGAGGGUAAAAGAAAAAGAAACUGAGCUGAAAGAAGCAGAAAAAGAGCUACAUGAGAAGUUUGAUCGACUAAAAAAAACUCACCAAGAUGAGAAGAAGAAAUUAGAAGAAAAGAAAAAGGAGAUUGAGGAGGAAAUUUCUGCUUUCAAUAAGAAAAAAGCACUUCUUCAGUCACAGGCUCAGCAAGCUGGAUCACAGCCUACUAAGAAGGACAAAGACAAGAAGAAUUCAAGCUUCACAUAAGCAGGGUGCCUGACCAUGGACAUCUUUCACAUUCACCAGCUCAUUGUUCUGCAGUAGCAGGAAGGCAACUGACUGCUGCUUGGUAGUGGGAUGCUCAAAUGCAAUUUUAGUUCUGAAAAUGUUCAAGUAUGAAGUGUUAUAUGCAGUGUAUUUGUCUAUUUUGUGUUGCUUUUUUAAAGCAUUUGUUUAAAUAGUACAUGUAUGUUUAUAUAAGAGUGUGUGGAUGAUACGUAAUACUCUCUAUACAAACACACAUAAGUGUCAAAUAAUAUGUGUAAAUUUAGCCUUUAAUUGUGACUUUUCUGUAGUCAUAUUAAAUAUUUGAAAAUUAACAUGCAUGCGCACUUCAAAGCUCAUUUUUUUUUUACUGUAUAAUAAAAUUAUGUACAUGCUCACUAUUUUGGUUUAUAUAGUUUAUGCAGUGAUAUACUGCCAACUGUGACUGGUUUUCUCAUUUAAAGAAGACAUAUCAUUGCUGGAAUUAUUGAAUAUUUCUGUUUCGUACUGUAUUAUCAGUAUGGAAACCUGGAGAGAGUAAGAGUGGCUUCAGCCUCUGCUUCCUUAAAAUGUCUGUUCUGAAUUAAUUCUGUCUUGUUAAAUUUGACUUUAGCAGAAUGCACCACUGAGGUUAAGAUUGGUAGCAUGGAAAGCUAGAAAAGUGCUACAUAACCUAAUCUUCUCUCUUGUGAUUUUCAUUACAUUUUAAUUCUAGACAAAACAUUUGUUUGCUCACUGAAUACCCCAAAGCCUCGGAGUCUGAAUAAAGCAGUGAUUUGUGUAGGCAGUGCCAUCCCUCCAGAGAGGCUGGAGGUUCAGUAUCUUUUUGAUGACCAUUACUCCAUUGUGUCAUCUGUUUCUUUUCUAAAGACAUUCUUAAGUCACAAAUUACAAGAGUAGCCAUAAAUAGUUUUCAGUGAAUUACUGAUUGGUCAGAAACAUAUUUAUAUUUAUAAUGAACUUUUAAAUCUUUGACGUUAGAAAAUUAAUUUUCUGUCACUUAAAGUAAAAUGCACUGCUCCUGUUGUGUAUAAGUGUAUUAGUAUACAAUAGGACAUUGUGGACGUCAUGACCACCUUAGAUGGACAGCAAGUCAUUCCUGGCAAAAGCAUUGCUGCUACAGCGUGUUACAUUAAAAUACUUGAAGUAAUGUCUGCAUAGACAUGUUAGGAUAAAGACCUGUUUAAAGAGGUUUGCAUGUAUUCUAGCAGUGUGUGUGCAAAAGUUGUAUCCCAUUAGAUUUUGUUUAGCUCCAUAUAAUAAUAUAAUAUAAUAUGUAUGUGUGUGUGUAUCUGAAUGUUUAAAUAUAUUAAAUGUUUUUAUUGUAAAAUUUGUUCUUUGCUUCUAUGUAUCUUUUACACUAAUUCUUGUUCAGUAUUUGGAAAUGUAUUUAGCAGAUCAUAAUAUGUAUGUGUACUUUUUUAUCUUAACAUUAUAUUGCAUUCCUUUUCUGGGCAGAUUUCUUCCGUUUCUGAAAUUUUCCAAGACAUGGCGACCAUUGCUGACCCUCUGAAUUCUUGGGAUGUUGUUUUUGAUCUGAUUUCUUUUUCUUCCAGGCUAGGUAGUCACCCUUUGUUUGUCUGUCUGUCUGUCCCUUUUUUAAAUCAGAAACACUGUUUCAUUCAACACUAGUCAUUUCUAGCUCCACUUCUGUCCAGUAAAAGAUUUUCAUUUGCCUCAUUUAAAUAAACAAAUAAAUAAGUAACGUGGCACAAGGAGAAAGUGAAUCCAGGUGUAAUUCAAGUUUGAGAAAGACUUUUAGGUAAAUCGAGUGCAUGUGUCUUUAAGUAGAGUUUCCUCAUAAAACAUUGCUAAUCAUGCAAUGUUAAAAAAUCAUAUUUUACACAAUUCCAUGUAUUUUAUUAUUAACAAUUUUGAUGUUUUUUUUAAAUAGGAAUAAUGAGAGACUAAAGCCACAAGACAUUUUUGUUUGUUAUAGUAUAUAGCUGCACACCUGUUACUUAUUCAGUUAGUUUUUUGCCAAUCUGCAUAUCUCCUGCGUCUUUAGACUAAAUAGUUGUGACUAUACAAGUCCCUUGUGCCACGUUUAAUUCCUGCUUUCUAGUAGCCGUCCAAAUUCUUUCUCUUUCUCCUACUUUGUUUCUCUACAGUAACCCCUGGCUCUGCACGGAAUAGCUAAUCCCCUCAGUACCUUUUAUGGAUAAGUUUUUUCUUCCAUGCAUGUAAGUAUGGCAGUUGGAAGUGUUCUCAGUUAGAAGCUCUUCUGUCUUCCCCCUGUGAUCUUCCCAUUAACUUAAAUAAUGUCAUGUUAAGUGAAGAUCCUGGUAUGAUGUGAAGAUGAGUCACCUUCUGAUGUUAUGUGGUGUGCAGGGUUUGCCCUCCUUAACUUUUAAUGUGACCACAUCUGUCUGAACAAGAGACCAGUUGAUGAUCUGUUCAGUGUUCCUCUAACUCGAGGCUAUGUCUGGGGAGACUAGACUGCACUUUAGUACAUACAUCAUACCACCUGGCUGCUCAAGUGCCCUUAGCAUUUGUUAGAAAACCCAAAGAACAUUCUCAAAUAUAGUGCCUUAUAGCUCUCUGAAUUCAGUGUUAUUCUAAAAUGGAAAUAAUUUAUAAUUGGUGAAUCUUCUUCCGUGUGCAUUUCACAGUACACCAUUGAGAUAAUUGUUAAACAGACGCAUCUGCAGAAACAGAACAGAUCCCCUCCCAGCUUUGGCUUAAGUGAAAAUCAGGAGAUGCUGAUCAAGUGAAAUUUGAUACUCCAAAUUUGUUAUUUGAUGUUGUUUCAAUAAAAAGAGUUGUGUCCUUUAGCUGAUUUAAUCCAUAGAGUUGGUAAUUCCUUUUUUCUCAACUACCUAUGGUGGUCUUCUACCUAUUGGUUAAGUUCCCUUCAUUAAAAAGAAGUGGUAGGAAGACUAGGGUGAACUAUAAGGUCUAUUUUAGAAUUUCUUACCUUUUUUUUUUAAUUUUAAUUUUGGAAGAGGUGUAUUUAAGUCGCAGCUAACCACAUGCCAUUAGGGUGUCUGCUCAAGUUGACACCCUCAGAUGGCAUAUCUUGCACAGGCUCAUCUCUCCAACGGCCAUCUGUUGAAAUUUGCAAAAGUGGUCUGAAGGCACUGGUGAAUUUACUCCAUGUCCAACAUUCACAAGUGAGCAGCUGUUACUUCUUCCCCUUUCUUGAUGAUGCAUAUACCAGAUAAUGAGAGUUUAUCUUCCCGACUGCCUCUUACACUCUUUCCUUUUUGUUUCUACUACUUCCUGUGCUGUGACUCUUUACAUGCUGGAGUAAAAGAUCAGACAGUAUAGCAGGCCAUUGUGGACCUUCACAAUUGACUUGCACAUGGUUGAUGUUUGCCUUCCAUCCUCUAAAGGUUCUGCCAUGGCAGCUCUAAUAUUUUACUAAACUAACAUGUAAACAGUCCAGAUGUCAUCAUGUGCUCAGUAGCAUUGCAUUGUUUCCAGUCAUUAUUUUUUUUUUAUUAAAAAGAACUUAAGAAAACGUCCAAUACUCUCUCUUAAGCAGUCUGUGCUGAAUAUCUUAAUUGUUUUUGACUAUACUGAAUUUAUAAGCCUUUUUUGUGUGUUUGUUAUUUGAUGUCUCACUGCCAUGAUCCAAGAUGUUGCCAUUUUUUUAAUACAUGUGUAAUAUUCUGUGUUUCCUUUUUCAAAUUAUUGUAUUUGGUUUUUGUAACAUUUUUAAAGUGCAAUAAGCACAAUUUCACCAAAGUUUUAAUGAACCUCAGUAAGGAGGAAAAACAAAGGAAGAAAAAAAAAUGUAAAGUUAUAUGUGCCGAUGGAUUUGUUCGGCUAGUUUAGUAUCUUUGUAAUAAAUGAACCACACAGUUUGUAAGCCUGAUAUAUUUUUACAUCCUUUUUUUGGCAUUUAGUGUACUAAAACUAAAAUGUUGUACAUGUGAUGUAUUACAGCUGUGCCAAGUAUAACAUUUGUUGCCUGGUAUGUCUUUGUUCUGUUGUGCUUCCACUUCAUUUUAAUGCAUGGGUAUUCAGAAACAAAUAAAUAAAUAAGACGUGAAUCAUGCAUGUUGACAUGAAGCUUUGUUAACAUGUCCAGAAUGCAUUAUGCAUCAAAUUAAAAAUCCUUCUGCUCA